AGCACGUGAGCGCGAAGAUUAACAGUUUACUAUAUAGAUUUCGGUCGAGGGGAGAGAAGCAACGGGAGAGAAGAAGAUGGAGGGAAGAGCAGUGGAAGACGCGGCGGCGGAAGAAAUCGCGACAAGGCUUUCCUCUCUCGACGAUCUCUACUUUCCACGCGCUGUUCAACCAACUGCUGCAUCUUUCGACCAACGCAAAUCCAUCCUCCUAGACCUCCUCCGUCGUGAUCCCGCCGUUUUCCUUGAGCGUUAUGGAUCGCAGCUGAGUGUAGAUGAAUUGCUCGAGUUUGAUGCUUUGAAACAUGACUACGAGGUUGAUUGGCACUUGAAAAACCUGCGGAAGAAGAUAAGUCCGACCUCAGAAGAGCUGAAAUCGAGGUCUAUAGCUGUGAGGAAUAGGAGACUUGCUUACUUGAAGAAGCUUGUAUCAGAAGGACAAUAUUUCUCUGAGGAUUCUAUGAGAGAUAGAGAGCCGUAUCUACACCACGAGUACGUGGGGAAGUUUCAGGAUUUGAUGGGUAGGAACAUGGCUAGGCCUGGAGAACGUUGGUCAGAGACAUUGAUGAGACGGGGAGAGGAGGCUACGCUGGUUUCUCGGAUCAGAGAGGAGCAGCAGAGGUUAGGUGUUGCAGAGAGUGAUUGGGUUGGUAAUGAGGUGGUGGAGGAAUCAGAAGAAGAAGAAGAAGAAGUGGAAUCAGAGGAUGACGAAGAAGCGAAAAAGCCAACAGAAGCUAGCUCAAGCCUUGAAGAGGCUACUGUAGCCAUGGACAUCAACGGAACAUCGAGUAAUGGAGAACAGAACGAUAAGGCAACAGUCUUACCGCCAGAGGAGAUGCAAGAUAUGAUGGAUCAGUUCACGUCAAUCAUGCAACAGAAGUUCUUGUCGGGAGAAGAUCAUCAGCAUUUGGAUUACACAAAGAUAGACAGUGACGAGACUCUUGAUGAUCAUUGGCUUCGAGAGAUUGGCCUUGACGCUGAAGAUAAGUACUUUGGUGAAGACUAAUGGACACAGUCAGAUACGACUUCCUGGUCUAUGUAAGAUAUGAUCUCUCCUCUCUUCCUCUUUAUCUGCAAAAAUGUUGAUGGAUACAGAAAUUGCUUAUAUAGAGCUAGCUAUACCACGAAAGAUAGCUUAUGAUAAAGAGAGUGAUUUCAUAUUUCGUAGGGAAUGCCAUUACAAGUCCAAACACCAACUAUAUCUCAUGUUAAGAUUUCGGAAUUGGUUUUGGUUGAGAGAUGAUCUGGAAAUCUCCAUGUACAAGUUGGAUUGGUUAGUGUAAUCAUCAAAUGAUAAUUAGUUUUCAGUGUGAAUUUACUUGAUACAGGUAAGGUAUGAGAUUUCCCUUUGUAUACUACGAAAUUGAUACUAGUUUCAACAAAGAAAACUAUGGUUAGCUAAAUAGUGGAAGAGUAAAAUGAUAUAAAUUUGAAAUAGUAAUGAUUGGUUUUAGCAGAACAGUAUUUAAUUGGAUUUAUAAUGCAUGAACGUGAAAAACAAUGGUUGAAUAGAAAUGUUAACAAGAUUAAACAACAUAAAGUUUAUACUAGUGUUUAUUUUGUCAUCAUUAAAUUAUUGGAUUAAUUAACCUUUUUUCUUUUUGCCAAGAUUAGUUUAGCCUUAAAUUGUGAUCUUUCCUUUUUAUAUGCAAUCAAAAUCAUGUCCAUACGAUGUUUCUGUAAUGCAAUCAAAAUCAUAAGUUUGUCCCACAUACACACGUAGGGCGGUUUACGAGCGGUGGUUGCGUACUAAACCACCACGUGUCGAACCAGAAGUUGGUGGUUCGACUAAAAACCCAUCUCUCCACUUUCUCUUAGUGGCUGCCGAUUCACCGCUCCACUUCCUCCCUCGUCUCCGGGAACCUAUAACUUUAUUCCUUUAUUUCCCAUUUUGCCCCUUAUUUUUAUUUUUAAUAUUCUGUUUCGGAAAUAAAACCAAAAAUCUAACGGUGAGAAAAAGAAAAAAAGAAAUCUCUCUGUACCAAACAGACUACUUGUUUCUAGAAAUAAGCGAGAAACAAGAUUCGACAAAAGAAAAAAAGCUUCCAAUUCAAAACCCUAGAGCUCAAUUUUAACCUGGUACGGCCGUCGUUUCUCGAUCUCACCGGCUUGAAUCGCCGGUGAAGGUGUACAAUAGCUGUAUCGGAAAACCAGUUAAAGAGAGAAUAGAGAUUCGUUUUAGGGUAUUUUAGAGUCAUGUAUAGAGAGAGAGGAACGGUGGGUUCGAGACCGGAGGUUGUGGAUCGUAAACGGAUCAACGAAGCUCUUGAACGGCCUUCUCCGUCGACGUCUCGUCAAGCUAACGGUAAGGGUAAAGGCACCGUUACGGCGGCGGCACACUCGGUCUUGACGGGGAAGCAGUCGAAUGACCAUAGAGAUUCCCGUUCUGCUUCUCUCUCUAAGAACAAUGUUUCUGACGAUGAAUCAGACACAGACAGUGAAGAAUCAGAUGUCAGUGGCUCUGACGGAGAAGACACCUCGUGGAUAUCUUGGUUCUGCAAUCUGAGGGGAAACGAGUUCUUCUGUGAAGUUGAUGAUGAUUACAUCCAAGAUGACUUCAACUUGUGUGGACUGGGCAGUCUAGUUCCGUACUACGAGUACGCUCUUGACUUGAUCUUGGAUGUCGAGUCUUCUCAUGGAGAGAUGUUUACAGAGGAACAGAAUGAAUUGAUCGAGUCAGCAGCUGAGAUGCUUUAUGGACUUAUUCACGCUCGUUACAUUUUGACAAGCAAAGGCUUGGCUGCAAUGUUGGACAAAUACAAAAACUAUGACUUUGGAAGAUGUCCAAGAGUUUAUUGCUGUGGCCAACCUUGCCUUCCUGUUGGUCAAUCGGAUUUACCUCGAUCAAGCACUGUGAAGAUAUAUUGCCCUAAAUGCGAAGACAUUUAUUACCCACGAUCUAAAUAUCAAGGCAACAUUGAUGGAGCUUACUUUGGGACAACAUUUCCACAUCUGUUUUUGAUGACUUAUGGGCAUCUCAAGCCACCAAAGCCAACACAGAACUAUGUUCCAAGAGUAUUUGGGUUCAAAUUACACAAGCCGUGAGGAAGGUUUGAAGACUAAUCCCAAGAAGGCAAGAAUCUAAGAUCAUGGCUGCUGAUUUCAGAAGAGAAACAAAAAAGGAUUGUAAUCAAGAAAUGCGAAGAAGCAGUCAUGUCUAUAUUUGUCAUCAGGUACAUACAGAUUAGAAGCAAGCAAAAGGCAUAUGGUUAGAAGAAGAAAAAACGAAAAAUCUUUUGAUGCGUUUGUUAAACUUGAACCUGUAUUAUCCUACGUUUUGUAAUCUUUUUUUUUUCUUCCUUCGCAAUGUCAGAUGAUCCCAGAGAGUUUAAUCAGUUAUCAUAAAAAAUUGUGUUCUUUUAGCUAUACUAGAAUAUCCCGUCAAAUUUAUCAAAGAUCAAUUUACACAAUUACAA